ACAAAAUGGCGAUGAGGUGAAGUUUUCUUGAGACAAUCACUCAGUUUUAACAAUAAAAUUUUAACUAUAGGACUAUGAUCAAAAUAAAAAUUGAAGCUACUUAAAAAAGAGAAGUUUUUGGGAAUAUAUAUGUGAAACUUUCAACAUGGAAAGAUCCAUCAUAGCAAUUGUACUAUGGCACUUUGUACUUAUGUUCUUCAGUCCACAUUUCAUCUUGGUCGAUUCACAAGAACACGGGAUGUGUAACGUUACUUUGGAUAAAGAGUGUGAUGAACUAUUGCCAGGACAGUAUCGUUGCGAUGAAAUUCUAAAGGUAGACCCUGAUACACAGUCCAUUGUUGGAUGCAAAGAAACCCAUACCGUUGAAGUUACAUGUACUCUGGCACCUGGUAUACAAUGUAAACAGAUGUCAAAAGAAAGAACAUUUGUAAAAAUGCAUCCAUGUAGACACACAAAUGGACAUGACCACACAACUGCAUUAAUGCUAUCUGUAUUUCUCGGAAUGUUUGGAAUUGAUAGAUUCUAUCUUGGAUAUCCAGCUAUAGGCUUACUGAAGUUUUGUACUCUUGGAUUUUUCUUUCUGUUCCAACUUGUUGAUGUUAUACUGAUAGCAAUGCAGAUUGUUGGGCCAGCUGAUGGAUCAGCAUAUGUCAUUGACUACUAUGGACCAAGAUUAAACCACAUAACUCGAAAUAAUGAAACAGUCUUUCAACCUGAGUAAUAAAUAGUCAUGCAACCACAUACUUACAAAGGUGAUAUGUACCUCAUACCAGGAAGCCAUUUAAUAUACAAGACAUUGGAUGGGAUAUCAUUAACAUUUGCAGGAACUAAAAGCAGCUAGGAGAACUGAGAAAUAGUUGUAAAUGCUCUUUUGAUUACUUUUCACAGUGCAUAAACUUGUCGCUAAAAUGUUGACUUAGAUUUUUAUUUGUCAAUUUGAGACAGCACAAUAAUACAUUAAAAGUAGAUAGUGAUAGAUGAUACUACAUGAAAAUGCUAUAAUUUUUGUUUCUUACUGGACACUAAAUAAAGCAUCACCCUCUUGUAUAUUUAUA